AUGGAUGAAACGAACCAAGGUCCCAGAAUUCGCCUGUUUAGACAAAUUCACAUAGUUCACCAACUGUCUCCAAACAAUGAGAAAAUCAUCCUGAAGAAGCUGCGAGGACUGGUCAGAAAUAUCAAGUGGAGACCUGAGGAUGUUUCAGUCUUGUUUGAAGCUCUUCUAAAUCGCUUUGAGUCACGUUUUGCCAACGACAGAUCAAAUUUUAUUCCAUGGAUGUUUCAAAUGUUGCACUGCAUCGAGGUUAACUGCAUUACUUCUUCUUGGAGAUCGAAAUCAGAAGAUACACUUAUUGAACUGAUUAGAGAGACUUCAAUAACUGAUGAAAAACUCAAGGAGUUUCUGGCAGAUGACACAGAGAAAACACUGACUCGGAUUAUCAGGGAGAUCCGAAGUGAGAAGUUAAACCAAGUAAAUGAUGAGAUGUUGAGAGAGGUGAGAGACACUGUCUCCUCAGUGGAUCAGCAGCUGAAGUCACCUGGUCAUGGGUCACAGUUAAAUGGAGUGAAGAAAGAUUUACUGAGACUUUGUAAAGCAGCAGAAAGAACUCACUUCAGACCACGACUGACACAGAUGGUGAGCUGGUGUCUCAUGGCUCUUUCCAACACAGGAAGACUGAUCCAGGUUGGUACUGGAGAGGGGAAGUCCUGCAUCGUGGCAAUGUUUGCUGCCUUUCGAGCUCUGAGAGGCGAAUAUGUCGACAUUAUGUCAAGCUCAUCAGUUCUAGCAGAGAGAGACAUGGAAGACUGGAAAAAGUUUUAUAAAGCUUUGAAAAUCAGUGUGGACUGCAACAUUAACAAACAAGACAAAGACUUGAAAAAGUGCUAUCAGAGUCAGGUUGUUUAUGGGACUGUGGAAGAGUUCGCUGGACACUGGCUUCAAGAAAACUUUGAGAGGAAGGACAUAUUUGGUCAGAGGAAAUUUGAAUGUGCAAUUGUGGGUGAAGUGGACUCACUGAUGCUGGACAAAGGUCAUCAUGUUGUCUAUAUAGGCAGUGACAUGCCUGCUUUAAAGCAUCUCAACCCUCUCCUGGCUUUUAUAUGGGCCACUAUUAAUCAGUACAGGAAAAUAGGUGCCARUGUAAUUGUUGGACGAAAAUACCUCUUUCAUCAAGUUGUACUGAAACACAUUAACGAAAAAGGCAUUGAUGAGUUUGCUAUUCUUCAAAUAGCUGAGGACAMUGGUGUUCUGUCCAAAGGCUCAGUUCAGGAAAUACGAAGAAACCCAAACGUUUUAACAGAGAAAACUGCUGCUGUUGCAACUGACAAGCUGGUUGACUUCAUCAGAACAAUAGAGACGAGUUUCCCAUCCUGUCAGUUUGCUCUGUUCAGCAUAAACAGAAACAGGGAACUGGAGGAGCUGUACCAAAAUCAACAGAACAGACAGAAACAAGUGUCUCUUCUUGUGGAUGGUGGCUUCUGUCAGUACAUGUAUCCUGAUAAAGACAGUGUUCUGAGAGCUGCAGAAGAAGAAAUCAAACAUUUUCUGCAUUUCACACCAUGUGAGCUGAACAAGACUGGAGAAAACUGCUAUGUCCCGGGCUUCCUCUCCGAUUUGGUUAAAUCUAAACUAAAAGUUUGGAUUGUAAAUGCWUUCCGUGCACAGACCAUGGAGGAUGAUGUUGAGUACAUCCAGCAAAAACUUGGAACAGUACCURCGGACUACAGCUGCUCAGUUGCUGAAAAUUUCACRGAAGGGAGUGAUGGUCUUCAGCAGUUUCUGGAACUGAAACAUCAGUUAAAGCUGAGUGAUAUGACAGCCAUCACUAACUACAUGUCAAAUGUUGGCCUGCUUCAACUGUAUAAAAGUCAGAUCUAUGGAAUGUCCAGAACUCUUGGUCAACAAGCAGAGAUUGAGACACUACAGAAAAUAUACACAGGUAUUGAAACCUGCAAAAUACCUUCAUUCAAGUGCAGGAAACUGUUUGAGGUUGAAGGCGUGUUUGUUAAAGAUGAGAUAACAUGGAUUCAAAAAAUCUGCAAGGCUGUAAUUGAACAAAUASAGCAGACACCAUAUAGGAGUCCAAGAGCUGUGCUGGUCAUCUGUGAGACCAUGAAGUGGGCAAAAGUUCUGCACCAUGCUCUUGGAAAUAGGGUCUCAAACAAAAUGCUUUACAUAAACAACAACWUGGACAACAGAGCAAUAUUUACCAUGGAACUGGGACCAGGAGACGUCAUCAUAGCCACAAACCUGGCUGGUCGUGGAACAGAUCUUCAKAUUUCUGACUCAGUAAAAACAGCUGGAGGUUUGUUUGUUGUUCAGACUUUCCUGCCCAAGAACACUCGUGUGGAGGCUCAGGCCUUUGGUCGUGCAGCGAGACAAGGAUCUCCAGGAUCGGCUCAACUCUUCGUCUGUUCCAAGCAUCUGCCAGAGCCUCAGCAGUUGUUGGUUUUAGCAAGGAACCUUUUAUCUCUGAUAGAAAAUCUGAUGGAUGACUCUUCAAUAUUUCAAGAUAUGUUUGUGAUGCAACUGAGGUUGUAUCAGAAAAGAUGCACCAACAAAAUACGUAAAGAGAUUUCUUCUUUACUUUCCCAUCUGUUGACCGAAGACUCCAUGUCAGAUAUACUGAUUGCUAAAAAGAUCAGAGAUGACUUAGUGGCUAAAGAAUUGUCUAGCUACGUGGAGGACCAUAUCUUAAACAUAAACAUGAAAGAACAGCUUUUCUAUCAGUAUCUGGAGACACUGGAUCAUCUGCACAACAGCAGCUACAAGCCGGCAGCAUCAGAUGUGUCUGCACUCAAUGAGUUUUGGGGAAUGUGGCUGCUGACAAAGUUCAACAAAGAAGACCCCAUCAAUAGGGUGAAAAACAGCCUGAAAGUAGACUUAAGACAAGCUGUUGAAAUGCUUGGGCUGAGAGAAUCCCCCUCAUCAAACYUGCACCACCACACUUUAUUUGGCAACGAGCUACAAAAAAUGGGAAUGUUUUCCCACAGUAUCAGCAUGUUCACUAAAGCCAUAGAUAAAGACCCAUGUUGGGCAGCAGUUGCAUAUUACAAUCGUGCGUUUGCAUAUCUAACUCAGCUCAACAACUCCUCCGACAUCGAGUGCCUCAAUCAAGCUUUUGAAGAUUUGCAAAAAGCUCUCAAAUCUGUCAAAGUCUACUGCGACCAGCUUGACGUCACCUAUAGAUGUGCCACGCAAUCGUCGUCGGACCCCGGCAGAAACUCAACCACCCCAUUUGACAAACACAUCAUGGCCACACACACCGUUCUGGUGGCUUUCAAAACCAACAUUUUUGAAGCGAUGCAGAAGRUGGACAGGGCCAGAGACGCAGCUGGGCAUGUCCAAUUCAGGAAGAGACAAGUGUACUUCCUUGUUCCACCUGAGCAAUUUUUGCCAUUGCCAGUCCUCUUCAUGGAAUCAGCGAAGGAAAUUUAUUCCAGGGACCCUCAGAAGAUCCGAGAGCUCAUCAGCCACCCCUCCUUCGACAUGUUUGCCGAGCUCAUGCAUCUUGAAUCAAUAGGCCUGACUCAUAUUUAUGUCCAAGAUAGGCUGUUUUCUGUYGGUGGCUUUUUCUCAAAGAUCGGUAGCUUCUUCUGUCGAGCCUUUCAGGGUGGUACAUAA